GUCUCACAUAUCCUUAGACACUACUAUAUAAUAUUAUAUACUAAUUAAUUAAUUAAGUUUCCCUAAUUUUCCAAAGCCAAAAAAGAAAAAUGUCAAGCACCAUAGAUAUUGUGCCAGAAUCAAGCAAUGUUAUUAAGGGAAAAGCACCUUUGCUUGGUGCACCACAAAGGCCAGGAGGGUGGAAGAAAGGGCUGGCCAUAAUGGAUUUUAUUUUAAGGUUAGGUGCCGUGGCGGCCGCUCUCGGUGCCGCCGCCACCAUGGCCACCGCCGAUCAGACACUACCUUUCUUCACUCAGUACUUUCAGUUUGAAGCUAGCUAUGAUAGCUUCACCACUUUCACGUUUUUGGUAAUUGGAAUGGCAUUGGUGGGUGGGUACUUAGUUCUAUCACUGCCUUUCUCUAUUGUGGCUAUCAUUCGUCCCCAUGCAGCUGCACCAAGACUCUUCCUCAUCAUCCUAGACUCUGUGUUUCUUGUUCUAGCAACAGCUGGUGCUGCUUCAGCUGCAUCAGUAGUAUACUUAGCACACAAUGGGAAUCAAAGCUCCAAUUGGCUUGCAAUUUGUAACCAAUACAGUGAUUUCUGUAAUCAGACAAGUGGAGCUGUUGUCUCUGCCUUCAUUGUUGUUGUCAUCUUCAUGUUCUUGAUUGUUAUGUCUUCUUUGGCUAUUGCCAAGAAGCAUUGAUUUAAU